AUGCUGACUCUUGUUGACGACACACUGAUUUUGUGCUGUCUAUACGCUGACUUACUGACCACCUCUGACCUCCUGACUGCUCCAGACCUCCUGACUGCUCCAGACCUCCUGACUACACCAGACCUCCUGACUACACCAGACCUCCUGACUGCACCAGACCUCCUGACUGCUCCAGACCUCCUGACUACACCAGACCUCCUGACUACACUCCUGCUCAGACCUCCUGACUACACCAGACCUCCUGACUACACCAGACCUCCUGACUACACCAGACCUCUGACUACCAGACCUCCUGACUACCUCCUGACUACACCAGACCUCCUGACUACACCAGACCUCCUGACUACACCAGACCUCCUGACUGCACCAGACCUCCUGACUACACGCUCUGACACCAGACUCUGUCACAGACCUCCUGACUACACAGACCUCCUGACUGCUCCAGACCUCCUGACUGCUCCAGACCUCCUGACCACCAGACCUCCUGACUACACCAGACCUCCUGACUACACCAGACCUCCUGACUACACCAGACCUCCUGACUACACCAGACCUCCUGACUACCAGACCUCCCUCCAGCCUACGACUCCUGACUACACCAGACCUCCUGACUACACCAGACCUCCUGACUACACCAGACCUCCUGACUACACCAGACCUCCUGCUACAGACCUCCUGACUACACCAGACCUCCUGACUGCUCCAGACCUCCUGACUACACCAGACCUCUUGAUACACCAGACCUCCUGA